AUGUCUAGCGAGAACAUCUCCUUCCAAACCUCUGAUGAUGUGAGCCUCCGAGGUUGGUUUUACAAACCCAAGGAAGCCAAAUCUCCGUUGCCAUGCUUGGUUAUGGCACAUGGAUUUUCAGCUCUUAAAGAAAUGGAUCUGAAUACUUUUGCUGAGUAUUUUGUUGCUCACUUGAAUCUGGCCUGUCUGGUAUACGACAACCGCGGUUUCGGUGAAAGCGACACCAAAGCUGGGCAACCCCGACAGGAAAUCCUCCCUGCACAACAGACGAGUGACUACUCUGACGCUAUCACGUAUGCCCAGUCUCGGUCGGAUGUCAACGAGAACAGAAUUGGUAUCUGGGGUAGUUCUUACAGCGGUGGCCACGUCCUUUGGGUCGGUGCUGUCGAUCGACGAGUCAAGGUGGUUCUUAGCCAGGCUGCCAUGGUGGAUGGCUGGCGCAACUUUCACCGCUUAAUCCGCCCGGAUUUUGUCGGCGGCGUGAAUGAGCUAUUUCAGAAAGAUCGCCUGGCUCGCGCGGCGGGAGAAGCGGCCGCCACCAUUCCAGUUGUCGACGCUGAUCCUCUCAAGUUUUCGGCACUCCCAACCCCUGACAGCUACGAGUUUUUCAACGGAUGGGCCAAGAAAAUCACGUGGGAGAAUAGGGUGACGGUGAAAUCUAUUGAGGCUUUACGCGAGUACAGCCCAUCCGCUCAUAUCAGCCAUAUCUCUCCUACUCCCCUCUUAAUGACGGUCGCUCGGAAUGACGUGAUCACGCCUACCGAUCUGGCCCUGGAGGCGUAUUCGUGUGCGUUAGAGCCUAAGAAACUUCACGUCUUGCCUGGUGGUCACUAUGACGCGUAUUCCGGGCCGAACUUUGACCAGAAUGUCAGCUUACAGGCGCAGUUCUUGCAAGAGCACCUAUGCGGCGAUUAG